AUGAAGCCAUCUGAAACGAAGUCCGAACCACCAACCAAACCAGAGUCUGGAAAAAACACACAGUCUACCAAGCCAGCAGACUCUCAAAAUAAACAGCCGUCUGAAGAGAGGCAGAAGGAACCCAGUGGUGCAAAAAGCCAAACCUCACCUUCUGUGACAACAACUUCUAAGCCAAAUAAUACAGGAAAAGCAACUACAGCGCCAGCUGACCAGCUUCCACAAGCCUCCUCCAUAGAGACAGCAAAGCCUAAGUCUGAGAAGAUGUCCAUGGCGGCUGGUGCAGGCGCAGCCAGUGCAAGUGUGGUUGCUGCAGCUGAUAAGUCAAGUACUGAGCCUGGUAUGGAUGAGUCGGCACUAGAUAGCCUAAUAGAUACCCUAGGUGGACCUGAAGAAGAUGUGCCUACUAGUCCUGUUUACACUGGUCCGGAAGUUACGGAAGAUAUAUCUUCAAGAUACUUGGAAGAAAUGGGUAAACGGGAAGGUAGUCUUCCUCCAGAGUAUGUUAAAUUGUUGAAGAGCAAAGGGGAUGGCAAAGAUGGAGUCCCACCAAAAGCAGAUGCACGAGAUGAAAAACCAAUGACAGAUGAUGAGCUUGCAGAGGCCCUGUCAUCUGAAUUUACCUGUAGUACUGCUUCUGCAGAAGAAAAGAAGACAAGUCUGACAGAGAAACCAAGUAAAGAAGGGGAAAUUGUGCAAGCACAAGCAGCAAGUUCAGUCAAGGCGUCAGUUCCUCCUAAAGAGAAGAAAACAAAAUCGAAAGAGGAAAUUAAAGAUGAUGCAGUGGAAGCUCUUCUUGAUACUCUUGGUGGACCUGAACCUGAACCUGAAGAAGAUCUUACCCCUGUGGUAGAGGUGUCAGAGGCAAAAGCUAAAGAGAAAAAAGAAAAAAAGGCUGGAGAACAUGAUGGUACAAUACCUCCAGAAUACAGGUUAACACCAGAGUUGGAUAAAGAUGGAAAACCAAUAUUGCCAAAGCCUGAAGAAAAACCUAAGCCUUUGAGUGAAUCUGAUCUUGUCGAUGAAUUUUCCAAAGACUUCGCCUGCCCUGCACAGCCUGCAGUACAAUCCAAACCAUUGAAGCCCAGCAGCACAUCCAAA